AAACACUUCCUAGCAAGCUAGUGUGGCUGCACUCGCUUCAACGGCCACGCCAAUGGUGAGGAAGCUGCCACUAAGCUCCGUCUUCUACACCAUCAACUCGGGCGCCAGAGACACACCACCAUCGUCGCCUCCCCCUCCGGCGGCCGCUCCACCGGCAUGGAUGUGGCCUUCUUGCAAGCAUCCAAGAGCGGAUUCCUUCCGUUCCACGUCGGCCGCAACGGCAGCCGCUGCGGCCAAGACCAUCGCGUCCAUCUUCCUCGACUCUGGCGAGUCCUCCUUCGCCAACUCAUCCGCGCGCAUGAUGCACCACGACUGCGCCUCCGACAGCCUCUCCACCGAGUCCGAGGUCUCCGCCACGGCCGAAGACAUGGCCGACGCCAUAGUCCGCGGGCUCCGGUCCGACCGCCUCCUCUUCGAACCCCGCGCGCCCUCCAGCUCCAUCCUCGAUAAGAAGCCCCUGCGCCGCUCCGCCACUGACGACGCGGCGUCGUUCGGCGGCGGUGUCGCCGUGGCGUUCGACUCGGAGGAUCCGUACGAGGACUUCCGGGCGUCCAUGGCGGAGAUGCUGGCCGCGCACGGCGUCGGCGACUGGGACUGGCUGGAGGCAAUGCUGGGCUGGUACCUCCGCGCGAACGGCAAGGAGACACACGCCGCCAUCGUCGCGGCGUUCGUCGACCUUGUCGUCUCCAUGGCCGCCAGCGGCUCCAGCUCGUCUCGCCACUCGUCGUUCACUCUCGCCGGGACCGACCUGGAGAGCAGCAGCGCCGGCGGCGCCGGAAAUAUCUCUUUCAGGCUAAGGUAAAAUAACUAAGUUAGCCCAGACAAUGCAGGCUAGCUACCUACGUGUGCGUUCGCGCAUGUGUGUUAAUUAAUUUUGUUUGUCGUGUGCUAAACUGUAGUAGCACUACUUUUCAUUUGAUUGACGAAUUGGCCCCCGGUUAGCCAAGGAUCAGUGCCUGAUUACCGAUCCUGUCCAUGAGCAUUGGGCGGCAUACACAGGACUCCUAUCCUUCCUGUAUCAAGCUUGCAUGAGUGGAAGUAAAUUGUAAUAUUGAGU